ACAAUCAAGAAGCAAUGUUUGAGCUUGGAAAUUUGUUACUACUCAUCCUUCCAUCAUCCUUUGUUCUUAUACUCUACAUUAGUAAAUCAUCCUCGUUACGGACAACACGGGCUAAUGAUCAAGAUCACCCUCAAUCAUACCCUAUAAUCGGUCAUUCGUUCGCAGCCCUUAAACAGAAGGAUAGGUUCCAAUGGCUAACAAAGCUCCUGAUCGAUUCCCCGACUUCCACCUUCAUCUUCCGCCGUCCAUUUGGUGUUAAGAGUAUACAAACCGCGGAUCCUGCAGUAGUCGAACACAUUCUAAAAACUCGAUUUCCAAUCUACCAAAAAGGCCCUUUUCAAAAGAGUGUUCUUGGAGACCUUUUAGGUGAUGGAAUUUUUAAUGCUGAUAGUGAGACUUGGAAGUUUCAAAGACAAGUUGCUAGCUAUGAAUUCAACACUAAAUCGUUGCGUAAAUUUGUUGAGGAUGUUGUUGAACACGAGCUUACAAACCGGCUUCUGCCAAUGUUAUCUGAAGCUGCUAAGAAUGGGACAAUCCUUGAUCUCCAAAACAUACUCCGAAGAUUUGCAUUCGACAAUAUUUGCAAGAUUGGUUUCGGAUAUGAUCCUGAGUAUUUAUCACCUUCUUUACCAGAAGAGAAAUUUGCAGCAGCUUUCGAAGAAGCUGUAACAAUCAGUACUAGCAGAUUUCAGGCCUUAUUUCCUGUCAUAUGGAAAAUUACUCGAUUUCUAAAUAUCGGGUCUGAGAAAAGGCUUAAGCAAGCUGUAGUGGAGAUUCGAGGAUUUGCAAACUCCCUUGUUCGAAAGAAGAAGCAAGAAAUGAUGAAAAAUACAUCAGACAUGUCGUCGAAGAAGCCAGAAACAGAGGAUUUGCUGUCAAGGUUCUUAAAAUCAGGGUAUUCAGACGAAAAAUUUGUGACAGAUAUUGUUAUAAGUUUUAUUCUAGCAGGACGAGACACAACAUCUGCUGCAUUAACAUGGUUCUUCUGGCUACUUAAUAAUAACGACUCAGUCGAGGAAGAAAUUGUCCAUGAAAUAAAACAACUGCGAGAACAGAAGAAAGAGCAUUGUUCUGUUUUCGAGGAAGUUAAAGACAUGGCUUACAUUCAUGCUGCAUUGUGUGAGAGCAUGAGGUUGUACCCACCUGUCGCGGUUGACCUCAAAGAGGCUGUAAUGGAUGACAUGUUGCCAGGUGGGAUACCGAUAAGGAAGGGUACUAGGGUGAGCUACCACCCGUACGCUAUGGGGAGAUUAGAGAAGUUGUGGGGGGUAAAUUGGGCCGAGUUUAAGCCACAGAGGUGGCUAGAAGUGGAGAGUUUCGAGGUAAAAAAUGUCAAGAGAAGGUUUGUACCUAGAGAUCCUUAUAUGUACCCGGUGUUUCAAGCCGGGCCUAGGAUAUGUCUAGGGAAAGAAAUGGCAUUCUUGCAAAUGAAGAUGGUGGUGGCUGGUGUGUUGGAGAGGUUUCGAGUGAUUCCGGUGGUUAAGGAAGGGUUUGAGCCUGUGUAUGUUCCUCAAUUGACGGCGAAGAUGCAAGGUGGUUUGCCGGUACGUAUUGAAGAAAGAGUCAAAUUUUGAGUAAGGUUGCAAAUUGAUGUAAUAAAAAUAUGAGCAUCUCUAAAGAAUGAACAAGUUGCAUGAAGCUGAAGUCAUGAAAAUGUUGUUAUUGUGUAUGAAUGAAUGGUUUGGGUUGGUUAAGGAGGCAGAGUUUGUGGACUUUGACUUUGAAGAUGGAUUACAUUUUUCAAAGGAUUUAUUAAGAAAGCAAAAUAAAGGCAUAUCAUAGAUUAUUCAGUACUUUUAUAUUGUAAUUAUAUAGUUUGGUUUGGUUUGAUUAAAUGAUGUUUGACUUGUAAAUAUAAAACAAAAUGCACUUUUGAAGUGUACAAUUAUUUAGUAAAAAAAAGUUAUGUGGCAUAGAAUUUUGAAACCAUGGUAGAUUAUAUUAAUUGAUCAUUAUAUUCCACGGUGUUGUUUUGCUAAAUGUUGAGAUCAUGCAUUAUGCAUGACCUCAGUAAUGUAUAGGUUUGUGAGUGAGUAAAAUUACCAAUUAUAUAUGGCUGCAUUGUAAUAGAAAAAUAUGUGCUGCUAAGCUCUAAAGAAUGAACAAGCUGCAUGAAGCUAAAGUCAUGAUAAUGCAAACAAUUGUGUAUGAAUGAUUUGGAUUUGAUUAAUUAAUUAAGGUGGCAGAGUUGGUAGAUUUUGACUUUGGUGUACCUCAUUAAUAAGAAGUGUAAAUGGAACCAGCUACAAGUUUUAUAGAGUAGAGGUAUUAAAAACCAACUCGACUAACCUAACUUAAUUAUCUAAAACACUCAAUUCACAUUUUGUCUAAUAUAACAAAAUAAUUUAACAUCACUCAAA